AGCUCAGUUCGUUGUGAAAUUUCUAGAUGAAUACAGCUCGAACCUGGCGUUCCUCAUGUCGUAGGUGAAUAAGGAGUUGGCGAUAAUUGAAUUAAAUUGAAGAAAUUCGGUGCGAUUAUAUUUUAAUAAAAUGGAUUAUCAACCUUUGAACACGAAAUUCGAACUGCCCAAAAGUCCCGCCUCAACGCUACACAACGAUGAAAGCGAUGAUGAUGUAGAGUAUAUCGGUACUAUACUUCCACCUGGGCGCCAACAGAAAAUAAUCGACACCAAGUGGAGCCCUAAUCAAAAUGCGGACACAAUGGCUUCCUUAUUGGCCACGCCGCCGCUAUCGCCAGAGGAGCCGGACACGCAGCAGACGUAUAUGCCCAUCCUGACAGCCAUGCUGUCACAGAAUGCAUGCCCCAACUCCGAGUUUCUGGUGCAAAUUCCCUGUUAUUUGUGCAACCGGCCAUUCAAUGAUAUCAAUCAACUGCGUGACCACCUGACCAUGCAUGCCAGCCAAUUACUCAUACACCUACGGCAAGGCGCUACAGAUGUACCCAAUCUGUACCCAUUGCCUCCAACCGUUGCCCCUGAGCCAAGCAAUCGUAACGAAUUUGUUGAAGUCGCUCAGCCGCCAUCACAAGAAGAACCACAGCCGCAACAGGUGAAAACGACUCAAUUCGCCUGCGAUAAGUGCGACAAGGUGUACAUCUGCAAAGCAUCGUUGAAGCUGCAUCAGCGACUGCAUCACACACAAUAUCCCAUGCAUAACAAUGGCAGAUGGUGGACCGGAACGUCAUAUAAAUGUCAUAUAUGCCGGAAGAGCUACAAACGCGAAUGCUUCCUCCAGAAGCACAUCCACUACAAGCACGGCCCACAGCAUUGCACAAAUCCGCUGGACGAGGCUGUGGAGACUACGCCGUCUGUAUCAAGUUCCGAAAAGCCGCAACGUUGUGUCUGGAGCACAAAAAUGUUUAAUGCCGUUGCCGCAGCCAACUACAAUCCGGCUACAGAGACAGCGUCCAAAUACUUGCCGCCUGAUACAUCCUCAGCAUCCGAGACGCAAAAUCCUACUACGAAACCGCUUACAAAGCGAAAAUACCCACUGCGUUCUCCCCACUUCAAUCCUAACCUCUGGAUCGACAAUGAUGCCUUUAUUGAAUAGAUGUCUAUGUAUUCAUAAAUUUGUAUACCUCAGUUAAUAUUUAAUUAUCUGUGAAUUACGUAUGUAUAAGGUUAUCUUUUAAAAACAUCCCUAGGCAGCAUAGCUGCCGCCCAUACCUACAUCAGACAUAUGUAUGUGUGUCUUUAUAUAGUAUUAAUAUUAUAAUAUUUAUGAUCAUAAAUAAGCUGAUAAGCUUUCGCACAAUCA